AUGGCGGAGCGUGGUGCGGGCUUAGCCAUAGUGGCAGAGCCAUGGAGAGUCCCGGAUCGCCACCCAUGCUGGGCGGUAAACAGGGAAAGGUCGGCAGCGAUAUACUGGCGGCGAACGACGGAGCGGCACGUACCGUGCAACAUGAAGGGCGAGGGACCGGGCUGGGUCAUGGUGGAGUGGGGCCCCCUGCUUGUAGUAGGGGUCUACUUUAGGCCCAGCCUGUCCCGAGCCGAAUUAGAAGAAAGAUUGGAAGACCUGGGAACACAGAUCCGGGCGUCCCUGCCGAGGCCAAUGCUGGUCGCCGGGGACUUCAACGCCAAAUCGGCGCUCUGGGGUUCCCGGCGGCCGGAUUGCAAGGGCGCGGAGGUGGAGGCAUGGGCGGACCGCCUGGGCCUCCACCUCAUGAAUACGGGCUCAACGAGCACGUGCGUCAGACCGCAGGGAGAGUCGGUGGUCGACAUUACUUGGAUCUCCCCGGCGGCGGCGAGGCUUGUCACGGCGUGGAGGGUGGCGGAGGAGGUGGACCUCCUCACCGACCACCUCCCGCUGGAAAUGGAGGUCCAGCUGGCUCCCUUGCGGAGAGACGGAUCUGAAGAUGGGAGGCCGCUCAGAUGGGCCAUUAAGAGGCUGGAUCCUGAUAAAUUGCAGGCGUCCCUGGCAGUAGAGACGUGGGCCCCGAGGGCACCGUUGACGCAGGAGGGAGAGAUAGAGGAGGAAGCCAAGUGGCUAAGGAGAACAAUGACGCAGGCAUGCGACUGCGCGAUGCCAAGGGCGACCUUCUCCCCUCGAAGGUCCACAUACUGGUGGACCGAGGACAUAGGGGACCUCCGUAGGGAGGUGAUACGCGCGAGGAGAAGAGUACAGCGUGAGCGAAGAAGAUCGGCUGUGGACCAGCGAACGCUGGAUACCCUUCUUGAAGCGUGGAAGGAAAAUAGGUCCCAGCUGAAAAAGGCAAUCAUGGCGGCGAAGGAGAGGGCCUGGGAAGAGGCCAUCAGCAGCCUGGAGGAAGAUCCUUGGGGGCGCCCUUACAAACUGGUCCUAGACAGACUCAGUAAGGGUGCUUCCCCAACGGUCGAAACGUUAGAGCUGGAUUUUCUAGAAGACGUGGUCCGCACGUUGUUCCCAGCAGCGGGGCGCAACGGUCCGGCGACAAUGCUAGAGGAAGACACUCCGGCCAACGACGAGGAGGCCGAGGAGGAGGAGGGAUGGCGAGAAGACCUGGGAGUCUAG